GCCAUGAAAGAUCAGCUGAAACUACAGGAGAAAGAAAUUCAGGCCUUGAAACUAAGUCUGCAGAAAGAACAGGCAAGAUACCACCAAUUUCAGGAGGAACAUGAAAAUAUAGUGGCUCAGCUCCACAGCCAGAUCAGACAGCUGCAACAUGACCGGGAGGAAUUCUACAACCAGAGCCAGGAAUUGCAGACUAAGCUGGAAGACUGCCGGAAUAUGAUUGCAGACCUGAGGUUGGAAUUAAAGAAGGCCAACAACAAGGUGUGUCACACAGAGCUGCUGCUUAGCCAAGUUUCUCAAAAGCUUUCCAACAGUGAGUCAGUGCAGCAGCAGAUGGAGUUCUUGAACAGGCAGCUCCUGGUCCUCGGCGAGGUCAAUGAGCUGUACCUGGAGCAGCUGCAGCACAAGCACACGGACACUACAAAG